GGAACUUCACCUAUUUCCGUUGCUGGGCAUUAAAAUAGCGUUAACCAAACCAAGUCCAUCAUCGUAGAGCUAAAAGUGCAUGUGAUAAAACAGUCAGUCAUGACUGCGGCUGAUCUGAUAAGCUUCAACACGAUAUAUUUGACGGUGAUGUUGGUCAGAAUGGCUCCUCGUCUUCCUCUGAUCUUUCUGCUCAUGAUUCACGGCGUUUCUAGUGCUGGUUGGGGUGUGAUUUACAGCCAUUCACGCAUCUGUGCACUAAAGAACUCAUCAGUUAUAAUGAGCUGCACUUAUACAUACCCUACUGGAUAUAAGCUUGAGAAAGUGUUCUGGACAAAUAGCUAUUCAUUUCCACACCCUCCUGAUCUCUUCAUGGACCCUGAAUACAGUCAGAGGCUUCAGUAUCUGGGAGACAAACAGCAGAACUGCACCAUCAGACUGAGUCACGUGACACAGAAGGACCAACACAUGUACUGGUUCCGAUUCACCACUGAUAAACCUGAUGGAAAAUGGAUUGGUGAUCCAGGAGUGACUCUUACUGUGACAGAUCUUCAGGUGGAGGCUCCUGAGAGAGUGACAGAGGGUCAUAAUGUCCGUCUGACAUGUAAAAGCAGCUGUACUCUGACUGACAGAGCAACAUUCAUCUGGUACAGAAACUCACAGCCAUUAACUGAGAGAAGAGACAGAAACAAUCAACUCCUGCUGCAGUCAGUCAGAAGAGAGGAUGCAGGCAGAUACAGCUGUGCUCUACAUGGACACACUUACAUCUCUCCUGCUGCUCAGCUCAAUGUCACCUAUCCUCCAGACAAUCCUGUGAUCUUCAUCAGUCCAUCAGAAAUAGUGGAGGGAGAUUCAGUGACUCUGAACUGCAGCAGUGAUUCAAACCCUCCUGCAGAAAUCAGCUGGUUUCAAGGAGGAACGUUUGUAGGAUCUGGAACAAUCUACAGCAUCUCAAAGAUCAGCUCUGAUCACAGUGAAGAAUACAAGUGUAGAUCCAUCAAUGAACAUGUAGAGAAAUACUCUGAUGCUGUGACUUUAAACAUCAUGUAUCCUCCCAGGAACGUCUCAGUGUCUAUAAAUGGAUCUGGUGUAAUAGUGGAGGGUGAAUCGGUGACUCUGAUCUGCAGUAGUGAUUCAAACCCUCCUGCAGAAAUCAGUUGGUUUAAAGAGAAUCAAAGCUCCUCUGUAGGAUCUGGACAGAGUUUCAGUGCACUACAGAGUGGACGCUUCUACUGUGAGGCUCACAAUAAACAUGGAUCUCAGAGAUCAGACGCUGUCACUGUCACUGUUAAAGGACGUCUCGUGAUUUUGUACAUAUCUGCUGGAGUCGUUUGUGGAGCUGCAGUAAUCAUAACGAUAUUACUGAUUUGGUGGGUGAAAAAGAGAAAUAAAACUCAGGUGAAUCAUUCCAGACCUCAUCAUGACCGGCACAAAGCUUGCAAUGAUGAAUUGAAUGAACCUGUAUAUGCAAAUGAAAUGGUUGUCUCUUCAUUCAUAAAGGCUGCUCAACAUGGCCCUGAUGUUUGUAAACCUGAACUGAACUCUCCAGUGUAUGAAAAUAUUCAAAAGAGGAUGUAGUUUUUUGGACACAAAGCAAACAUUUUACAUAUCGGUUUGUGGGUGGAGACCAGAAUGAUUGACAAGUGUGUUUGACUGAUCAUUUUAUAGAUAAUUGAGUAAAAAUGAAAGUAAAGAGUUAAUUAAUUGAUAAGAUGGUGUAAUCCCUUAAGUGUGUUUUCUCUUUACACUUUAUCUCUUUACACAAUCUUUUAAGCUUGCUGCAUUUAGAUUUUUUAUGUUUUUAAACUGUUCAGUGAUAACUAUGAAAAAAAGGG